CUUUUGGCCAAAAGUGUCGCGAGAUUUUUAAGGGAGGGAAAAGGAGGGAGAGGAUCCUCUGCACGCGCCCAAUUAAGCUAGCGCUAACGAGCGUGGAGCAGCUUCCACCGAAUUCGGUGCGAUCGUUAUUGGUCUUUCCGUUGCAACGGAGGAGAAAAUCCGGGUGAAGGAGCUUGGACCGGACAAGCAAGUUACUUUAUUCUCUCUCAGGAACUAGAAAACUAUGUUAUCCAUAAUUUCUAAAGCAUGAAUGGAACUGUAUACAACUGAAAAUUGUUCUUUAACGUUACUUGAUUUAUGCUUGUUGCUUGCCAAAAGAACGGCCAGUAUCAAGCAAACAUGUUCCACAGUAGUCUUUUACAAAUGAAAUUACAGGUGAUAAAAGUGUGUGUGCACGUGUGUGUGGGUGCUUAAAAGACUGUAUUAAUUAGUGAAGUGGAUUUGGUAAAUGGCUGAUUAUUUGACCUAACUUGGUUAGUUUUAGUAACCCCAUAUUUAUCUAUGUUUUUAUUAUUUCAGAAUGGACACGACAGGGAAGAGACGGCGAACUCUAACAAAGAAAAGGCAAGAAAUGCCAGUUUCCCCCCCUACCCAAAAUGAGGAAUCUGGUUAUUUUGCAUUUGUUCACUUUGAAGAUGAUGCUACUGCAAAACUUUUUAAACCCUCAAGCAUAUUAGUAGGCAGCAACGAAAGUCCAGUCCUUCGACUCCUGGACCUUAAAACGGGACAAAAUGUUUUAGCUAAGUGGUCUGACGGCAAAUUUUACAAAGCCACUGUUGAAUAUGUAUCUCAGACAGAGACCCCAGUCAGAAAAACACCAAAGCAGACACCAAAGCAGGCUUUUAUAAACCAAUUUUUAGGGUCUCCUCCUGAAAAUGUGUCAGCAUCAUCAUCAGGGUCUUCACCUGACACUAUAAUAAUACAGAGGAGCCCUCUGCCAGAAUAUGGGGAAGAGAUCAGUCCAGGACCAUUGACGUCACCUCACUUGGCCAGCAGAGAUGGACGUUCGCCUCACGGUGCUGGUGCUCUAGCCAGGAGAAGCCCACCAUCAUCGCACAGGGCCAGUGGAGGCGGACCAUCCCUUAACUGGGCCAGUGGAGUUUCACCUCCCUCCCACGGGGCCAGUAGAGUCUCACCUCCCUCCCACGGGGCCAGUGGAGUCUCACCUCCCUCCCACGGGGCCAGUAGAGUCUCACCUCCCUCCCACGGGGCCAGUGGAGUCUCGCCACCCUCCCACGGGGCCAGUAGAGUCUCACCUCCCUCCCACGGGGCCAGUGGAGUCUCACCUCCCUCCCACGGGGCCAGUGGAGUCUCACCUCCCUCCCACGGGGCCAGUAGAGUCUCACCUCCCUCCCACGGGGCCAGUGGAGUCUCACCUCCCUCCCACGGGGCCAGUAGAGUCUCACCUCCCUCCCACGGGGCCAGGUCUUUAUUUCACCAAUGCUUUAAGAUGAAUGAAGGAAUGAACGCGUGCUACCGCCCCGUUAGCUCAGAGUGA